GUUCAAACUAGCAUGGGGCGGCCUGAUUGGCUUGGAGCGGCCGCGGCAGGCCAGGCUCCCUCCUCGCGCUCAGGCGGUUUAUUGUCUCGCGGCUCCUGAGGCGGCUCCAGCGCGGCGGAAUCGGGACCGGACCUCACACGGCAGCGGCGAAACCAUGGCUGGUGGCAAGGCUGGAAAGGACAGUGGAAAGGCCAAGGCAAAGGCAGUUUCUCGCUCACAAAGAGCAGGACUGCAGUUCCCGGUGGGUCGUAUCCACAGACACUUGAAGACUCGCACUACGAGUCAUGGGCGAGUUGGUGCUACUGCUGCAGUGUACAGUGCUGCAAUUCUUGAGUAUCUCACUGCUGAGGUGCUGGAGCUGGCAGGUAAUGCCUCCAAGGAUCUCAAAGUAAAGCGUAUCACUCCUCGUCACUUGCAGCUUGCUAUUCGUGGGGAUGAAGAGUUGGAUUCCCUUAUUAAAGCUACCAUUGCUGGUGGAGGUGUAAUCCCUCACAUCCAUAAGUCUCUGAUUGGAAAGAAGGGACAGCAGAAAACUGCAUAGAGAGGAGUUUUAACCAACCCUCUUCCUCCCUGUCAUUGUACUGUAACUGGGACAGAAGAAAUAUGGGGAUAUGUGGAAUUUUUUAAGAAAUAGUUAAAUGGAAGAGCAUAGACAAUUGACUGUAGACAUGAGAAAACAUUUGUAUGUUCUUUAGAUUCAAAGUUUGACAAAAAGUAUCUUGUCAUGUGGCAGCAAUUCGUGUGUUGAUUGGCUAGGUUUCUCCCGUGUGUUUUAUACAAAAAUGGAACUGAUAAACCAUUUUUUACAAAA